AUGAAGAACCACUUCAAUGUUAGUGCCCUCACCAGCCUGAGCGUCCCAGCGACUGUGGGAAAUGCUUGCGGAAUCGACUUCAGUCAAGAUGGCAUCUUCCUUCCCGUCCUGUAUGGAAUCUUCUUCAUCAUCGGCACCCCUUUAAACCUGCUGGCGCUCUUUGGGCUCUACAGACUCAUCCAGUUGGAGAACGUUCUACCAGUGUAUGUCAUCAACCUUCUGAUCGCAGAUCUAAUUCAACUUCUGACUUUGCCUUUAUGGAUAGAUUACUACGCCAACGGACACCACUGGCGCUUCGGACCCCAGAGCUGUCAGUUCAUGGGUUUGUUUUUUUACAUUGGCAUUUAUGCGGGCAUCUUUUUCAUGUGUAUCAUUGCUCUAGAGCGUCACAUGGCCGUCGCCAGACCUCUCAGUUUCAAGUAUCUCCGUAACUUGAAGUUUGCUCACUGGAUAGCACUCAGCAUUUGGAUUCUAAUUGCAGUGCCACCUGCCAUUGCAUUCAACAAGCUCUUUCCCAAGCAGGAAAAUUACACUCUUUGUAUCGAGAAGUAUCCCUCAGAGGGCAGUUUUAUCACCUACAGGCUGAUUACUCUGCUUGUGUCCUUCAUCAUACCCCUGAGCUUCAUUGUUGGUCUCCAUAGAGAGACCGUCCGCUCACUGAUGGCAAUCAACUCGCUUUUAUCCGAGGAGAAGAGGAGUAUCAGGGGUCUGCUCACCCUUCUGGUAGCCGUAUUUGUCACGGUGCUGGGGCCCUAUCAUUUCAUCGGCUGUGUGAAGUACGUCGGACUGCUGAUACACAGCAGUCCGUGUGUUUGGGAAAAGGCUGUGUUUGUACCUUAUCAGUUAGGGCGAGGCUUUCUGAGCCUUAACAGUUUGCUGGAUCCUGUGUUUUACAUCUUUCUCCGCAGAGACUUCCGUGCCGCCGCUGGGAAGUACUUGCCCUGCCUGAGGAGAGUGAGGAACAGAUCGUAUCGGACAGAGAAAGUAACAAGCUCUACUCUAGACUGUGACUGA